AUGCACCGAGGGCUUUGGCAAUCACCCUUUCGAAGUCAGCAUGCCUUCUAUAAAUCAAAUCAUGGAUCACUCCUAUGCACAUCAAACCAUUAUCGAUUUUACUCAACAGCAUUUACCUCGAGAAGCCACAAUAUAUUUAAUACUAUAAACUUUUUAAAAUUAUCAUUAUCUUACUUCGGAAUGGCGGACAGCUUUAAUCCACCUCCAGGUCCACCCCCAACAGCUUCUCCUCAAGUUCCAGCGGGCUACAAAGCUCAGUGGAAUGAUCAAUACAAAGAAUGGUUCUAUGUAAAUAUAUACACAAAAAAAUCGCAGUGGGAAAAGCCCACUCAACCUGUCUAUCCGGAUAAUGAGACCCCUCCUUCAGGCCCACCCCCAGGAUAUACAAGUAACAACACAUCAUCAUCAGAUUUAAAACAGAGUUACAGUCAAAAGGGAUCUCAAGGAAGCCCUGACGAUGCAGCCCUAGCUGCUCGCCUUCAAGCGGAAGAAGAUAGCCGUAGUCGUGGUGCGUCCGAUACAAAAUCCAAGGGUGGAUUUUUCGACAAACUGCUCGGAAAAACUACCGGUAAUCCUAAUGGUAACAGUCAAAACUUUUCCCAACAACCCCAAGUUGCGUAUGGUCAGCAGCCUGCGUAUAAUAGCUAUCCUCAAGGUUACCCACAACAAGGCUAUCCUCCUCAGGGCUAUCCACCACAAGGCUAUCCACCACAAGGCUAUCCACCACAAGGCUACCCUCCACAAGGCUAUCCUCCACAAGGCUAUCCUCCACAAGGAUAUCCGCCUCAAGGUUAUCCACAGCAAGGUUAUCCACCUCAGGGUUAUGGUGGCCAGCCUGCUUAUGGAGGAGCUCAACAAAAAAAGCCGGGCGGUGGAGGUAUGGGAAUGAUGGGAGGUGCUGCACUAGGUGCUGGUGCAGGUCUAAUAGGUGGUGUGUUGAUCGCCGACGCCCUUGAACAUCAAGAAGAAGAAGCAUAUGAGCAGGGCUACGGUAAGUCUAAAAUCUUGCGAAUCUUUAUAUCAUAA